CAGAGGAAGUAUUAAAUAUAACAUUACCUUUUCACUAGGAAAUGCAUUGUACAAAAAGAGAGGUUGCCGCCAAUGCCACUUUUCAAGGACUUUGCGGAGUACUUGAUAGAUACAGUGAAAGUUCCCGUUCUGGCUGACGCUGCCGCGUACGAGUCGUUCAACUCGCACUGGCGUCCGUUUUUUCUCAACUGUCAAGUGUGUGACCUGAGCUACGAAUAUAUCGUCAAAAUGGAAACCUGGAACGACGAUCUCAGUUACCUGCUGCCAAAAUA